UGCUCUCAGAGCUGCUGAAGAGAAUCUCUUGAAGGUCCUUGUUAAGGUCUUUCAAAGAGACAUGGCACAAACUGGACUUAUGAUUUUCCUACUCAUAAGCUUACUACUGGUGGAUCAGACCAUCAGCCAGGCUUCCAAAUUCAAAGCCAGGAGGCACAGCAAACGUAGAGUGAAAGAAAAAGAUGACCUGAAGACCCAGAUUGACAAAUUGUGGCGAGAAGUAAAUGCUCUGAAAGAAAUGCAAGCACUCCAGACAGUGUGUCUCCGUGGGACAAAGGCCCAUAAGAAGUGCUACCUCAUGUCAGAAGGCACCAAGCAUUUCCAUGAAGCCAAUGAAGACUGCAUAACCAAGGGAGGGACACUGGCUAUCCCAAGGAAUAACGAGGAAACAAACAUUCUCCGAGAUUAUGGCAAGAGAAGUACGCCCAGAGCAUCCGAGUUCUGGCUGGGGGUCACUGACAUGAUAAAUGAAGGGAAAUUUGUGGAUGUCAAUGGCAUGGUUCUGCAGUACUUCAACUGGGAUCGUGCCCAGCCCAAUGGGGGCAAGCGUGAAAACUGUGUGUUUUUUUCCCUUUCAUCCCAAGGCAAGUGGGUGGAUGAGGUGUGUCGUACUGCCAAAAGAUACAUUUGUGAAUUCCUGAUCCCAUAAUUACAGAUACAAAAGACCAUAGCCAUGUUUCAGGUUAACAUGCAGUUUUGCUUAGUAACCCCUCCCACUUAGAGUGUGGGGAGUUAAAACUAUCCAUCUCCUGCAUCAUACUCACUCUUUCCUGAGAUAUAAGUUUGCUCUGUUAAAUUAUUUUUUAUUCAGAUGCUAAAAUAUUAUGUUUUCUGAGUGCUCUCAUUAUGUACAGAGAUAUAUAUUAUGUUUUGA